UGAGUGGUUGACCAAUGGAGGAAAAGCAUCGUCGGCUUUAAAAAAAUUCCGGCGAAAUCUAAAGUUCGUUCAAAGUGUCAAAGCGCGAAAUCAUGACCAAUUGUGAAAAGGCUGAGGAAUUAGUCUGCAUCAGCUGCGUAGACGAGGUACGGUACUCUUUCGUGAGCCACCUCUCCGAAGCUCUCCGCCGAAAAGGCAUAAAUAAUGUGGUCAUAGAGGUAGAAGGCGAUGAUCUGCUUUCCAAGGAGUCUGAGGCAAAGAUCGAGAAAGCUAGGGUUUCUGUGAUGAUUUUAUCCAGAAUCUGUGAGCCCACUAGAGCAUGCCACAAGUUCGAGAAGGUUCGCGAGUGCCAGAGGAACAAGAACCAGGUGGUGGUUCCAGUCUUGUACGGUGAGAGUCCAUCAUUGCGCGACUGGAUUAGCGUGCUGGAUUUGAAAGACUUAUCAGCAAUUCACCAUUCCAGAAAGGAAUGUAGUGACUCCAAACUAGUACAAGAGAUUGUGAGAGAUGUGUACGAGAAGCUCUUUUAUAAGGGACGAAUUGGAAUCUAUUCGAAGCUGCUGGAGAUUGAAAACAUGGUUAACAAGCAACCGAUAGGCAUCCGUUGGGUUGGAAUUUGGGGUAUGCCUGGCAUAGGAAAGACAACACUUGCUAAAGCAGUCUUUGACCAAAUGUCUAGCGCCUUUGAUGCUUCUUGUUUUAUCGAAGACUAUGACAAAGCAAUUCAUGAGAAGGGUCUUUAUUGUUUGCUGGAGGAACAAUUUUUCAAGGAAAACCCGGGCAAUGACGCAACCAUUAUGAAACUGAGCUCGCUCAGAGACAGAUUGAACAGUAAGAGAGUUCUUGUUGUUCUCGAUGACGAUAUGGGAGAGCAAAAUCUCCACGAGUUGUCAGUGAAAGUAAUAAAUUAUGCUUACGGAAACCCGUUAGCUAUCAGUGUUUAUGGAAGAGAGCUGAAAGGUAAGAAAAAACUCUCAGAAAUGGAGACGGCAUUCCUCAAACUCAAGCGACGUCCUCCGUUUAAGAUUUUCGAUGCAUUUAAAAGCAGCUACGACUCACUCUGUGACAACGAGAAGAACAUUUUUCUGGACAUAGCUUGUUUCUUCCAGGGAGAAAAUGUAAACUACGUGAUACAACUGCUUGAGGGUUGUGGUUUCUUUCCACAUGUUGAAAUUGAUGUCCUUGUUGAGAAGUGUCUGGUGACUAUUUCAGAAAACCGAGUGUGGUCGCAUAAUCUGACCAAGGAUGUUGGCCGAGAAAUAAUAAAUGGAGAAACAGUACAGAUCGAGAGGCGCAGAAGACUGUGGGAACCUUGGAGCAUCAAAUAUUUAUUAGAAUAUAAUGAACACAAAGCAAAUGGAGAACCUAAAACAACCUUCAAACGUGCUCAGGGCUCUGAAGAGAUUGAAGGCAUGUUUCUAGACACAUCAAACUUAAGAUUUGAUGUGCAGCCCUCUGCUUUUAAGAAUAUGUUGAACCUUAGAUUGCUCAAGAUUUACUGUUCCAAUCCUGAAGUCCAUCCUGUAAUCAAUUUCCCCAAAGGCUUUCUGCAUUCUCUUCCUAAUGAGCUAAGACUCCUCCAUUGGGAGAACUAUCCUCUGCAAUCUUUGCCUCAAAGUUUUGAUCCUAGGCACCUUGUCGAAAUCAACAUGCCGUACAGUCAACUUCAAAAACUUUGGGGUGGAACCAAGAACUUGGAGAUGUUGAGGACGAUCAGGCUUUGCCAUUCCCAGCAUCUAGUUGAUAUCGAUGAUCUCUUAAAAGCUCAAAAUCUUGAGGGUUUCCCUCGGUUUCUGAAAGAGUUAUAUCUUAAUGGCACUGCAAUAAGAGAAGUGCCACAACUUCCUCAAAGUCUAGAACUCUUGAAUGCACAGCUCGAGACUAUUCAGGGUUUUCCUCGGAACCUGAAAGAGUUAUAUUUUGCUGGCACUACGUUAAGAGAAGUGCCCCAACUUCCUUUAAGCCUAGAGCUCUUGAAUGCACAUGGUUCGGACUCGAAGAAGCUUCCUAUGCAUUACACAUUCAGCAAUUUUUUUGAUCUAUCUCCACAAGUGGUCAACGAUUUUUUGGUGAAAGCGCUGACUUAUGUAAAACACAUACCAAGAGAGUAUACGCAGGAACUCAACAAUGCUCCGACUUUCAGCUUCAGUUCGCCCUCACAUAAAAAUCAAAACGCCACAUUUGGUCUGCAACCAGGAUCUUCUGUAAUGACACGACUAAAUACUUCAUGGAGGAACACGCUUGUGGGAUUUGGUAUGCUGGUGGAAGUUGCAUUUUCCGAGGACUACUGUGAUGCUACAGGUUUUGGCAUAAGUUGUGUUUGCAGAUGGAGCAACAAAGAAGGCCGCUCUUGUAGGAUAGAAAGAAAUUUUCAUUGUUGGGCUCCAGCGAAAGUUGUUUCAAAAGUUCGAAAGGAUCAUACUUUUGUCUUUUGUGAUGUCAACGUGUUCCCAAGUACCGGUGAAGGAAAUGACCCUGAUAUCUGGGCUGGCUUAGUUGUAUUUGAGUUCUUUCCUAUCAAUCAGCAGACAAAGUGUCUAGAUGAUAGGUUCACAGUGACAAGAUGUGGAGUCCGUGUAAUAAAUGUUGCAACUGGCAAUACAAGUCUUGAGAACAUAUCACUAGUUUUGUCCUUGGAUCCGAUAGAGGUUUCUGGUUAUGAAGCUGUUAAAGAAAGUUCCAUGACCGAGAAUUUGUCUGACUUACCAAAAAAGAAGAAGAGCAAGGCAAAGAAAGUAGUUUGCAUACCGGCUACAGACGAGGCAGAUCUAUGGACUUGGCGAAAGUACGGUCAAAAAUACAUCUUAGGUUCUAAUUUUCCAAGGAGUUACUACAGGUGCACUUACCGGUUCACGCAAGGUUGUUUAGCUACGAAACAAGUGCAACGUAGCGACACCAAUUCAAACAUGUUCGCUAUUACUUACAUCUCUGAGCAUAACCAUCCACGGCCAACUAAACGCAAGGUUCUCGACGGCUCCACUCGUUCCACUUCCUCCUCCAACUGCUCAGCCAUAACUACUUUUGCCUCAUCUAAAGUCCCCCAAAACAAAGACAAACCAAAUAAACUCCACUUGCCUUCCUCCUCCACUCCUCUUGGAAGUGCGGCUGUCGUGUUUAACGAGAAGGACAUGGAGGAGUGUCAGGACAAUAUGGAGCUUGAUAAUGACGUUGAAAAUACACGUACACUGGCAUUGUUCCCAGAGUUUCAACUUCAGCCGGAGGAAGAAGACCCAUGGUCAUUCCCCUCCCAUAGUAGUGGUAUAUAUGACCUGAGCCCGCCCCAGCAGUAGUGGUAUCAUGUUUUUCCUCUUCUCCCUGUGUAUGUGGCCGUCGAGGAUUGUGACCAGUAACUUGUUUGCGAGAUCUAUAAUUCACUGACGAAUCACUAGCAUCGGGAUCUCCCAAAUUUUAGUAAAUUCCUAACAAAAUA